CCAGUCCUGCAGAUGCUUUGGCGCGAGCUUCUGUUCCGAGUGAGCCCAACGAGGACACCCCUCAUGUGAUGAUAUCGUUGGCUUUGGAAGACGACCAGAGACUGGAUAUCAACGCUUGGGAGCAGUGGCUCAAUGCCUUUCCCGCUAUGGCCCGGUACGUCAAGAUCCAGGGCGUCUUCAAAAGCCACUCCACCCUGGUCUUGGUCUCAAUGCCCGUCAUGAUUUGGGAUCUGCUGCCGGAGGAUCCAGCGACCUCCUUCAUCGCCUUCAUCCGCUCCAAUAACAUGGCAGCUCAGAAGCCCCAGCCAACGCCAAUUGCUACAUCCGUACCAGCACCUGACUUCCAGUCGGAGCCGAUAGACCCUGACACCACCUCCGUCAUGACCGGGACGACCGUCGCGCCUACUGAGUUCAGUCGCCUUGGCGGCCAGUUUAGGAGCUCCUUCAGCUUCGCCUCUGCGCGGGACGCCAGGUCGGCCCGGAAUGCGGCUCCCCUGAGCCAGCCUGGAACGCCACAAGCAGGGCCAGCUCCCUCGUCGUCUCCGUCAAGCCGACAACUGGCACCUCUUCCGAGGUCUAUGAGCUCCUCUUUUCCUGCCACGCACCCGAAUCCAUCUUCACUCAGUACCGGUACUACUCCUGUGAUAUCCAGACAAAUGAUUCUUAACCAACAGCAAUCGCAAAGACGCACCACGUUUGGCGGUACCGAUGUGCCUCAACCCCAGAGCUUCGCGCCCCAUGUCGAGAAGCGUCUGGAGGAAUACUACCAGAACCGGCCAUUUCCAAACGACGGCGAGAGUGCUUUCCUCGCUUCCAAUCUUGGGAUAGAACCUUUCCAUCUGGGUCUGUGGUUCCACCACCGGCGAGAACGGGAUUUGGUUACGAACCGACUGGCCAGCAUGAAAGUCGGGGACACGCCGCCGUUCAAUGAGGGCGGCAGCCCGCUGUUAAUCUUGCCGGCCGAUCUCAGCAGACUUCUCGAGAUAUCUUUGCCCGGACAAACCCUCAUCUUUGACGUUCGGCCGCCAUCGGAGUAUCAACGAUCGCACAUUCGCGACGCUAUAAACCUUCGUGUUCCUCAAAACUUCAUCAAAGACGCUUCUCCUGAUAUGAUUGGCCGUACCAUCUCCGAGGAGCAAGGUCACGAUACCUUUGCCAGGUGGAGGGAAGCGAGAUGCAUGGUGUUUUACUCCCGUGGGCUGGAGAGUGCAUGGGAGUGCCCCUCUGCAACGUCUCUGCCGCAUAAGCUGUCCGAGUUUGGCUGGACGGGGCGAAGCUUUGUUCUCAAAGGCCACUAUCGCGAGUUCAGUGCCUCUUUUGGCCAGUACAUCGUGGACAGCAAAAAGAGCCUUGAGGCGGGCAGCUCCGAGCAGCAUAGCGGGCCAAAAGAAGCUGCUGCUGUCGAUCUAGCGCAGGCCCAUGAGCAAUAUGCUCAAUGGCUUGCUCAUGUAGAGGCUGAGGAUCGAUCACGCACCAACGCACCCUCUCCCACACGGACGUCCGACAGGGUGGAAUUCGUGGAGAGCCAAG